AUGGACAAGGUUCAAAGUUCUUUCACCUUUUUAUUUUUGUUAUUAAUGGAAUGCCCACUUCAUUUAUGCUUGCCUUAUGCAGGCUAUAAACAGUCACCAACACCCACAAAUGUCACCAAACAGCCCAAACUGUCCUCUAAGGCAACUCGAUUAUCUCAGAUACAAGGGGCUUCCUCAAGACCCAGAGUUUCAGAUUAUGGAAAGGAUGCUACACCUGAGCCUACAAAGAACAACCAUGGUUUUAUAGCACAUUCGAUAGCCCACAAUACCGACACCUGGAACGCAGCACUGAUUCCGCAUAGACCGGCUCUUGUUCAGGUCAUUGUGAUCGCCGGGAUCGCCCUGAGCAUCGCCCUGCUCUGCGGGCUCGCUAUCUUCUAUGUGGUGUAUCGACUGGUACAGGCUGAGGAAAAACAACAACUUGCGUUGCUUUAUAAAAAUGUCAGGAUACCGUUAUUAGGAGAUGAAGAGGAGGGCUCCGAGGAUGAGGGCCAGGACGAGUCCACUUACCUACUUCCAGAGAAUGAGAAGGAACUGGAAAAGUUCAUUCAUUCAGUUAUUAGAUCGAAAAGAAGAAAAUAUCUUGAAAAGAAGAGAUUGAAGGAGCAAGAUUUCAUCGAGCAAACGGCAGUAGAGCACGCUGUGCACGCGGCGGAGGCGGGGAGCGCGCGAGCCCGGGAGCGGGGCCCGUGCGGCGGGGACUGCGGGGCCGCCAGGCCGCGGGGCCCCUGA